AUGUCGCAAGCCACUACGGGGCUUCUGUGGAAGUCUCUCUCCUCCACAAUUUCGACACAGUGCCGACGAUGCAUCUCCCAAUCGACGUUUCCUAAGCAGACCCGGCCGACUACCGCUGCGCCGAGUAUGCUUCAGACGAGACCUUCCCCGGCGCAAAGAAGGACGAAGACGUUCAAGACCGUAGAGGAGGCAAAGAGCAGAUACAGAGCAGGGCCCUUUUCAUGGAAGGCAGGCCUGCUGUUCGUCGGAACCGGUGUUGGUCUGACAUGGUACUUUGAGGCCGAGAAGCAGCGCAUGGAGCGCAAGCGCAUUGCGGAGGCGACUAAGGGCAUGGGACGGCCCAAGGUGGGAGGACAGUUCGAGUUGACCGACCAGAACGGCAACAAGUUCACCAGCGAGGAUAUGAAGGGCCGUUACGCACUGGUCUACUUCGGCUUCACGCACUGCCCCGACAUCUGCCCCGACGAACUCGACAAGAUGGCCCAGAUGUACGACCUCGUCGAGAAGCAGCGCCCCGGCUCCGUCCUGCCCCUCUUCAUCACCUGCGACCCGGAGCGCGACACUCCCAAGGUGGUCAAGGAGUACCUGUCCGAGUUCCACCCGAAAUUCAUCGGCCUGACGGGCACCUACGACGAGAUCAAGGCCAUGUGCAAGCUGUACCGCGUCUAUUUCAGCACGCCGCAGCACGUCAAGCCGGGGCAGGACUACUUGGUGGACCACAGCAUAUACUUUUAUCUGAUGGACCCCGAGGGCGACUUUGUUGAGGCGCUGGGGCGGCAGCACUCGCCGUCGCAGGCGGCCAAGAUUAUUCUGGACCAUAUGAAUGAUUGGCAGGGAGGGUGGAAGAAGGAGGACACCCAUUUUUCCUUUCACGUUCUGUCAUGCGGCAUAUUUGAAUUCCAGAUUGAUUUUGAAGGGACUUGCAUUUUACACAUCAUGAGACAGGCAGUCAGGACAACGGGCCUCGGUCGGCUCGUUUCGAGGCCACUCACCACUUCACCGACACCUUUCAGGUGCGCGGCUGCCGGUAUCGGGUGUCACGAGAGAGAACUUUCCGGGCUGAAGAGGGUUACGCUGCCUUUGACGAGAUUACCGGGCGCCACCAAGACUUUUGGUUCGGAACGGUGGUUCAGUAGCAAGAAGCCGGUUUUCGAGGCGGGCGAAGCCCCGUCGUUUGCAUUUGCUUUUGAGAACUGUCCCAUUCCCGGGGCCGCCGAGUCGCUGCAGUAUCUCAACGACAACAACAUCCCGUUCAUCCUCCUGACCAACGGCGGAGGCAAGCCCGAGGCCGUCCGGGUGAAGGACCUGAGCGACAAGCUCGGGGUCAAGCUCUCGGUGGACAACUUUGUCCAGUCGCACACUCCCUUUCAAGAGCUGGUGCAGGGGCCGGAGGGACUGGGAGACAAGACCAUCUUCCUGACGGGUGCCGAUGCGAGGAAGUGCAGAGAGAUUGCCAAGCUGUACGGCUUCAAGAACGUGGUGACGCCUGCAGACAUCAUCCACGCCCACCCCGAAGUAUUCCCCUUUGAACUCCUCAAAAAGUCGGUCUACGCAGGCUCCCACGAGACCCUACCGAAACCGAUCCACGACGGCACCGUAGCAGACGCGGACGCGCUCAAGAUCGACGCAAUGUUCGUCUUCAACGACCCGCGCGACUGGGCUCUCGACAUCCAAAUCAUCACCGACCUGCUCUUGUCGCGCAACGGUCUGCUGGGAACGUACUCGCCCAAGAACGGCGACGCGUCGCUGCCGAACGGCGGGUGGCAGCAGGACGGGCAGCCCCCGCUCAUCUUUUCGAACGCGGACCUGUUCUGGUCGACGACGUACCACCAGCCGCGGUUCGGGCAGGGGGCAUUCCAGGCGGCUGUGGCGGGCGUGUGGAAGGAGGUCACGGCGGGGCAGGCGGAGCUGAAGAGGACUGUGUUUGGGAAGCCGUUUGCGACUACGUAUCAGUAUGCGGAGCGGGUUCUUGAUGCCCAUCGAAAGGCGCUGCUUGGUAAGAGUAAGAGUGGUGGUGGUGGUGGAGAUGUCGCGCCGUUGAAGACGGUGUACAUGGUGGGGGAUAACCCGGAGAGCGACAUCCGGGGCGCGAAUGAUUACAGUAACGAGGAGACGGAGUGGGCUUCUGUGCUGGUGAAGACGGGUGUCUGGAGCCAGGAGAGGGGCGCGCCUACGCAUAAGCCCAAGAUGAUUGUGGAUGAUGUCAAGGCGGCGGUUGAGUGGGCGUUGCAGAGGGAGGGGAGGUCGGCCAAGAUCUAG